AUGCUCAUUCACACUGGGGAACGACCUUACAAAUGUGAUAAAUGUGACAAGGCAUUUGCAUAUGCGAGUAGCUUAAAAUAUCAUAUUCUCAGUCAUACUGUGGAUCAAUCCAAUAAAUGCAAAAUAUGCAAUAAAACAUUCAGAGUAUUGAAUAGCUUAAAUGGUCAUAUGCUCACUCAUACUGGGGAACGACCUUACAAAUGUAAAAAAUGUGAUAAGACAUACACACAAUCAAAAAGUUUGAAUUCACAUAUGCUGGUUCACACAAAAAAGGGUGCUUAUAAAUGUAAAACAUGCGAUAAGACAUUUGCACAUCCGAGGAACUUGAAAAGACAUAUGCUUAUUCACAGUGAGGAACAUACACAAAAGUGUAAAAUAUGUGAUAAAACAUUCAGACAUUUGAAGACAUUGGAACUACAUAUGCUAAUUCACACUGGGGAACGUCCAUACAAAUGUGAAGUAUGUGAUAAGACAUUCCGUAAACAUGGUGACAUGAAAAAGCACAUGGUUGUUCACACCAAAAAGUAA